AUGCUGCUCAACCUCUCCAUCAUUGUUAUCGACACAGCUGCUGGCGAUCAGCCUUAUCCCUACAGGACCAUGUGCGUCUCGUCGCUCUUCCUGGUGUCGCCCGUGGCCAAGGCCCUGCGCGAGCGCAAGGCCCUCGUGCUCGGCGCUGCCACCUACUUCGUCUUCGUCGUUGGCCAGCGUGAUGGGGAACGUGGCGAGCCUGAUCUUCAUCGGCGGCAGUACUGUCUCGUGAUGACCCUGUGCUCGGCCCUGCCCUGCACGUUCCCCCUCAAGAUCCUGCUCCUCUCCACGGGCCUCUUCACCGCCACCGCGCUCAUGAUCCUCCUCGAACGCCGAUUUGCCUCUUGCCCCUUGAUUGCACAGACCUAUUAA